AUGUUCGCUAAAUUCGCUGCUGCACUUACUGUCGCUAUUUCUGUCCUCUCUGCUGGUGUCUCUGCCGCCCCCACGAACACCGAUUUAGUCGCCCGCGGUGGAUUCCACUCCUUCAACGGCUACCAAGGACUCAGUUCCUUCCACAACUUCGACAACUUCUAUGGAGCCGAUAACUUUGACAAUAGCCACUUCAGCGAGAGCUCCAUCUCCGUAGUUAAGGAGAAGGAAGUCGUCUGCCACUCGCAGAGCAUUACCAUCAUCCAACAGCGUCUCCUCGUCCUCCAGGAGAUGGCCAAGCGCAUCAUCUCCGAGCAGAUCUGUGAAGUUGAGACUCAAACCGUCGUCUUCGAGCAGUUCCACUCAAGCCUGCACGGCUUCAGCCGCGACCUGCGCCGCUUCUCCGGUCGCAACGUCGGCUACGAUUCUGGAAUCCUCUCCCACUUCAACGACUUCUACGAGAGCGACGGCUCGCUCAGCGUCAACGACUGGGGAUUCUCCGGCCACGACCUCGGCAACUCCUACAUCGUCCCCAGCGGCAACAACUGGGACAACAGCCGCUCGUUUGGCUCUGUCGGAAACGCCUACAGGUCCGCCCGCUCUGCUGUCACCAAGUUCUAA